AUGACAACUCGUAUCGCGCCUGCUGUCAGGAAAGUGAUCCAACUGACCGACGCCGAGGAUCAUCUGUGUACUUUACUUGACGAAUUUACGCGCCAUCUCCAGGAGGACAAGAAUAUCAUAACGGCGUGCAGGAUCAACGGGGGGUGGGUUAGGGACAAGUUACUGGGCAUGCAGAGCAAUGAUAUGGACAUCUGUCUCGCCGAUAUGAUGGGUGUGACUUUUGCUGAGGGUUUCGUAGCAUUUCUGUCUGAGCAGAAAGAUCUUCAUGUGCACAAAAUCUCGAAAAUUGAGAGCAAUCCUGAUCAAUCCAAACACUUGGAGACUGCGCGGACUACACUCCUUGGCAUAGACCUCGAUUUCGUAAAUCUGAGAAGCGAGGAGUAUGCAGAAGACAGUCGCAUACCGACUGAAGUUAAAUUUGGUACACCACUGGAGGAUGCUCUACGGAGGGACCUCACUAUUAACGCACUGUUCUAUAACGUCCAUACUCGUUCAGUUGAGGAUUUCACUGAAAAGGGUCUCGAUGAUCUACAAAAUGGUAUCAUUCGGACCCCAUUGCCGCCACGUGAAACUUUCCUGGACGAUCCCCUGCGCGUGAUACGAUGCGUUCGCUUCGCAAGCCGUUUCGGUUUUGAAAUAGAGUCUGAUCUGCAGCAAGCUGCCCAGCUUGAGAUAAUUCAAGAUAGCCUUGCGCAAAAAAUCAGUCGAGAACGAGUCGGAGAGGAAAUCGAUAAAAUGAUGAAAGGGCAGGAUCCUCUGCGCUCGAUACGUAUUAUUAACGAUCUCAAACUCUACAAAAGUAUAUACCACGUCCCACCACAAAUCACCAACAUUGCCUCGUCUACUCCGAAACCACACGAGCUUUCUUUGCGUGCCGCUACUAUUUUGAAUGGCCUCCUUUCAUCCACCAGCGAGGAUUCGAUGUCUUUGCAUCCCACUCUCCGGUCCUACGUUCUGCAAGAGCCCGGGUGCAAGGCACGCCUGUUUCUUGCAGCCAGUCUCUAUUCGUAUCAUGGAAUCACGUACCUGGAUUCAAAAGGCAAGGAACAAACUCUCGUCAAGUGCGCAAUCCAAGAUGGGCUAAAACUGGGUAGACAAAAUCACUAUCUGGAUGGCAUACCUGCCCUGUAUUCCGCUUCCGACCUCUUGAAUGGUGUUUCACUGGGACAGGAUAGGCUAAAAUUGCCUUCGGAAAGAGUUGCUAUAGGCCUUUUGCUACGGCAAGAAAGUGUCCAUAAUAUAAACACAGGUUCUCAGUGGGCUAGCUCCCUUGUGUUCUCUCUCGUGUGCGAGCUUGUCUCAGCGUCUGGCCGUGAAGAAGCAGCAGAAUGCGUCCAGCGUUACAACGCAUUGACGCGCCGGGUCGAAGAGCUUGGGUUGGACAAAGCAGUGGAUGCUAAGCCGAUACUAGAUGGCCAAGCAAUUGCCCACGCCAUGGAUGAAAAGCCUGGUCCGUGGAUGAAAGCAAUGGUCAACAGGGUGCUUGAAUGGCAGCUCGGACAUCCCGAAGGUACUCAAGAUGACUGCCUUGCCUGGUUGAAGGAAGACAAAAGUGCAGGACGCAUUGACCUGGAAGAGCUAAAGGCUGCAACCAUGGGCAACAAGAGGGUGAAUCCAGGCAAAGUGGCGUCUUCAAAGAAAGUCAAACGAUGA